AUGGGGAAGAAUACGUUCGAUUACACAAAAGAUCGUAGGAAACUACGAAGGAAGGAGAAAAGGCCACUUGUUAUCAAGAAGUGAUAAAACGUUAAACCACUUACUUCAAAUAGUGAUAUCUUGAAGAAGUCAUGGACGCACAACAUGUCUGUGAAGGCAAAUUUCCAGAAUCUUGGUCUUGCGUUUAAUCCAAACCAGGCUGUUGGAGAAGUGGUAUUAUGUCUUUUAGUUAAACGCUACUUAAGGGAUCCGAAGACCAGUCACAAUUGUCGGCCGAGACAUUCACCGUCAGGGGUAAUGCUUGCGUUGUUUGAUAUUGAAAUUUCGUAGAAUUGAAAAAAUUAAAGUGUUGCUCCAAACAGCGCGAGAAAUUCAUAUCGGAGGAUGACCGCUUAUUCUGUAUGUACAUGAUGGAACUCUACGGUGAGGAUCACAAGGUAGUGAAUUCAUUUGUGUCUGUUAGUUUCGUAGGCCAUGUCCAGAGACCCGAAGAAUGUUUAUCAACUAACGCCAACACAAAUCCGCCACCUUAUCGAGAGGUUUCGAGCCUCCUCCUACUUUAAGGACUAUUUGGUCCGGAAGAACAAUAAUUCCUUGGGAGUGCUUGAGCUAUAUGACGUGUAGAACACGCGUUUUUCCAUUAACUACUUCCCUUUUCAUCAAGACCCACGUUUCGUCCAAUAUGGUCCAGUAGUUUGACCACGGCGAACGACGAAAUCCAUCACCGUGCCGAGGAGGGCGUACUGAGGCAAGACAAAGGUUAG